AUGACGGGGUAUUUUAAGAAUGAUUCAUCUUCUGAAAGUGGGAGUGGCAAUGGGAUUCACACACUGACUCCUCCCUCGGUAGGUGUGGCCGGAGUGAGUGACAGUACGGGGACGGGACCUGGAUCAGGCUCGUACGCUGAGGUUAACGGCAACGGAAACGAUACCGCAGCGCCACUUGACUUCAGCACGACUUCCUCGUCCUCAUCCUCAGAGGACCAGCAACCAGUCAACCUCAGUGACAGACUGAGUCAGGCCCUGCCUAGUGCUGCCUCCAUGCUGGCGACCUUUAACCCUGAGCACGCAGAGGAGCUGCGCAGAAAAUACCCCAAAUCCUCAGAGCUACGCCUUGACCGAGAUAUCAGGGACUAUAAUAACAAGUCUCCUCAAUACAGUUCAGGCAGCUAUGAUUCAAUAAAGAUGGAGAUAUGCCCUGAAGAUCUGACUGUUGGUCGGCCUCCGGCGGCUGACGAUGAUGACGAUGACCAUGAUGACCACGACGAUAGCGAUAAGAUCAAUGAUGUAGAAGGAGUGGAUCCAGAGAGGUUGAAGGCUUUUAACAUGUUUGUGCGUCUCUUUGUGGAUGAGAACCUGGACCGUAUGGUGCCAAUCUCUAAACAGCCUAAAGAGAAGAUCCAGGCCAUUAUCGAGUCCUGCAGCCGUCAGUUCCCAGAGUUCCAGGAACGCGCUCGCAAACGCAUUCGUACCUACCUCAAAUCCUGUCGCCGUAUGAAGAAGAACGGCAUGGAGCAGACUCGACCCACGCCACCCCACCUGACCUCAGCCCUGGCUGAGAACAUUCUAGCAGCCGCCUGUGAGAGUGAAUCACGCAAAGCUGCCAAACGAAUGCGCAUGGAUGUCUACCAGGCACACGAUGAGCCGUUAUCUCUGGAUAAGGCGGUCUCUCGUGAACCGGUCUCGCUGACCCACUCUGCAUACUCCCUUGCUGCCUCAGCCUACUCCCAGGACCAGCUAUACAUUAAUGGAGGCCUCAACUACAGUUAUCGUGGUUAUGGUGGACUGUGUGCCAGCAUGCAACACCCCGUGUCACUGACAACAGCUACCGCCCAGACAAACGGGCCUACUGAUCUCAGUAUGAAGUCUCUGGCCUCAAAUUCAUCCUCGUCAAGCUCCAGUAGUCUCGGCAGGAAUGGAGGAGGAGGCGGGGCUUCAGCUCAGCUCAGCCAUACAGAAGUGACGGCAGUGCGUCAGCUGAUCGCAGGAUACCGUGAGUCUGCGGCCUUCCUGCUACGAUCGGCAGAUGAGCUGGAGAACCUCAUACUACAACAGAACUGAACCGAUUCUCAAAACUCUCUGUCUAAACACAUACCCUCGUCCCUCACAUGAUCCUCAUCAGAGGUUUUCCGGUCACUGAGGAAAACCAUCUGGCUCUUAAAGAUGUUAGAAGAUAGAGAAAACAGCUUCAUCAAGCUUUUGCUUUCAUAUAAUUUCAACGAGAACGGGCGAAAGAUGGAGAUGAAUUUCAAAAGGACACUUCGGUGCAGAAGCGGAUGGUUCGAUGCGUCCUCCACAAACUGCUCCCACAUUUCAUGCCUUCUCCAUGGCCUCCCUCUGUUUAACUGCCAUUCGUUCCCCGCUGAAAGCCAUCGAUUUCUGAUUUUCUUUGUUUUUAGCUACUUCAAAGGAGGAAUUACGGAACGUCAAUCCUCCAGACGGCACUAACUAAAUGAAGACACUUUUGAUUUGGAGGCGUAAUGGAAAGAAAGAAGAUAAGAAAAGCAAGAAGAAAAAUAAUAGACCUUUGUAUUUGCUGUAAAUAAGCACUCGCAGUGUCCUGAAGCACUUUUCCAUUCAUUCUGACCUCUGAAUCAUUAAUUUAUGCAUAUAGAUACGCAGGUGGAAGCUCACCUGGAAAUACCUCAGCCUGUCUGUCCUGCUCUCUCUCUCUCCCAUCAUUCCCCUCUCUGUGUGUGGGAGAAGAAAAUUAUCACCUGUCCGUCCUCGACUUCGCAGUCCACUGAUUUGGGCAUCGAAAGGAGAGAGUGGGAGUGAAUUUGUCAUUUCUGUAAUUGAACUGCGGAUUUUCUUUUCCACCUCCUCCAAAUGUGUUGUACUGUAUAUAUUCCAAUCCAUUUCAAGGUACUGAUGGCAAAAAUACACUGGACUUGUUUUGGGAAUGGACCUUUCCUGAUGCAUUUAAACACUUUGGUCUCACAGAUGCCAACUCUUUGUUUCCUCUCUACGGGUCACCCUCUAUUCUCCUCUUCUCUAUGUGUCCUUCCAUUUCUCCUGUACGUCCUUUCUCCUCCUCCACCUUAUUAUUCUGCUUUGGAGGGAGAUGGAGAGGAAGGAUCCGGAAUGGAAGCUUGUUAGUCUUGUAUCUGUUGACUUUUCUUAAUGGCCAUUAAUCCACUCUGCUGCUAUGGACUCCAACGUAACGCCACAGACCUGAAACCUCAAGCCUCCCAAACACAACCAGAGCACCUCAAGGCAAAAUAAAACAAGGCAAAAAAAGUCUGAAACGGAAGCCAAAUCCAAAAGAAAUAUUUAAAAAAACUGCCGUUUUGCAUUCUGGUCGAGAGUGUUUGAUUUCAUACUGAGGGCUGCUUGUGUUUGCUUUUGUUUGAUUUGUUCUAAAAGUGCGGUGUGUGCUUAAAUCUCGAGAUCAACUGGGAUCAAAUCGUCUUUGGCACAAGAGCUUGGCGCAUACACGAACACGUGUACGACACGAACAGACACGCUAAAGGGUCUGUAGUGAACUGAAUAUUUAACAGGAGAGGUUUAAAAUGUGUAGUUAGUGAGGUAGAUUUGUUUAGGGACUGACUGGCAGUAAUGUCACUGUAAUUUGCUCCAUUUGCACACAGAGGCAGCGCUAAUCUGUGAUUGAGGAGCUCGGCGCCGGCUCCGUGUUGUACUGCUAGUGGGGGAUGGAGAAAGAAUAUCGCAAUGCAGAAGAUAAUCAAACGCAUUUCUGGCCCUAAAGGAGACAGACUAAUACAGAGAGGCUACCAUGACAUGACCCCUGCUGAGGAGCCUUCAGAAUCAUUCAUAAUCACAUGACCGGGACCUACUUAUGAUCGAAAGCCAUGAUGAUGUGUGAGUGUGACCAGAGAUUGCACUGCCCUCUUAAGACAAGUUUGUGUGCAAUUUUGACACCCCUGACAUGUAGAAGUAAUGAUUUCUUGAUGUGUUAUAUUUAUGGUAGGCCUUCACAGUCCAGCCUCCUACUUGGAUAUUGAGUUGUUGAUUAGAAUUGCAAUAGACGUGAAGACAUGCAAAAUUGACAGCGUGAGGCCUCUCCUCACUGUGUUUAACAUCGCUCUGAUCACAAAAGGGUCCUUGACCUCUCUCAUCUGUAACUGUCUUCGCUGUUUCUUUUAUUUCAGGAGAGAACUUACAGUAAUAAGGAAAUAAGGGGAGAUAUAUAAAUUAGUGCUG